UUCCUCGCCUCUCAGCUUUCAAGUUUCAGUCUUCCCAUAGCUGAAGCUCAGCUUCUCAGCUCUGAAAUGGGAACCCCAGACACAUCUGUGGGCAUGCUCACUGCCACAGACUGCCUGCCGGAAGGACAAAUGGAUAAAAAGCUGCAAGAAAAAUAUCUCAGCAUCACAUCUCCUGAGGCUCCUGCUAAGCUUUACUGCUGCUAUGUAGUGAUCACAGUCCUCACUGUAGCUGUGACUGCGCUUUCUGUUGCUUUGGCAGUAAGAAAGAAUGAACAGGGCCCAGUGAAAAACACCUAUGCUGCUUGCCCAAGACACUGGAUUGGAUUUGGAAAUAAAUGUUUUCAUUUUGCUGAAUCCACAAGUAACUGGACCUUCAGCCAGGCCUCCUGUGUGGCACAAGAGGCCCAACUUGCUCGAUUUGACAACCUGGAGGAGCUGGGUUUCCUAAGGAGAUACAAGGGGACUUUGGACUACUGGAUCGGCCUGCACAGAGAGUCACCACAACUCCCUUGGAGAUGGACAGACAACACUGAGUAUAAUAGCACAUUUCCCAUCCGGGGAGUGGCAAACCAUGCCUACCUCAGCAACAACGGGAUCAGCAGUGCCAGGGUCUAUGUAGAUAAAAGAUGGAUCUGUAGCAAGCCCAACAGCUAUAACCUCCAUAGCCAAAAUCAUUUUUCUAGCCUUUGCCAAGAGAUGCUUGUUGGCACUCAUAUAUUUAGUUUAAAGUACAAUUAAAGUUAGUGAACCCUACUUUUAUUUUUGUGCAGAGAAGUCCUUCUUUUGAGUCUAUGAGACCACAAAAAUGAGUUCCUAAAGUGUGUGUGUAUGUUAGAAAGUGACACACACCUGAGAUACCAGCUACUUAAGAAACAGGAGAGACACAGGUUCACAGUGGGAAGCAGAGGAUCAAGCUCAGCUGAUGUGUGGUUUUACUCUUUAGAUAAAAUGAUGCUCUGACUAGACAGCAACAACCAGGUAAAUCUGGAGCCUGUCAUGUGGCAGGAGAAAGGAACUCAGCCAAACCCUGCUUUUGUUUGCACUGGACUCAGACAAUGGCUGUGGUAUAAGCUCUAGCUAUGUGAGCCUCACAGCUCAUUCCACAGAAGUGCUUAUCUAGCAAAACACACCAUCAGUGGAGUGGGAAAAGGACAUGUGAGGAGAUGAGGGAGGGAGAGAAGGCGAGAUUGGGAGGGGCCCAGGGUGUGGUUACAGCUGGGAUACAAAGUGAGUAACAUGUAAUAAAUAAAAAA